AUGUUUGCGGAUGACAUUAAGCUCUGGAGCGUCAUUCGAACUGCAGAUGACGAAGAGCAUCUGCAGGCGAACCUAAACCGACUCCAACAGUGGUCAAAGGCCUGGCUUCUGCCGUUCAACGAGAAAAAGUGCAAUAUUCUACGAGUCGGCAGAGCUCGCUCUCCGAACCAUUUGGCCAACUGCCUAAAUGGUAUACCACUGCAAGAAGUGGACUCGCAGAAGGACUUGGGAGUAUGGAUUACGACCUCGCUCAAACCCUCGCUGCACUGCACGAAGAUAGCCAAGUCUGCAAUGUCAGUCCUCUACCUUGUCAAGCGGGCUUUCUCUGCCUUUGAUGAAGACUGCUUCGCUAAAGUCUUUCGAACUUUUGUGCGUCCGCAACUAGAAUUUGCUAUCCAAGCUUGGAGACCCUGGACCGCGAAGGACCUCAGCAUCCUUGAAAGGGUUCAAAGGCGUGCAACGAAACUUGUGGCAGAACAGGGUUCACUACCAUAUGCAACGCGGUUAGCUAACCUUGAUCUCUUUCCCUUGAGUUACAGGCAGUUACGGCGUGACCUGAUACAAGCCUUCCGUAUCAUACGCGGUCAGGACUGCAGCCUCGUACCGGGGGACUUCUUCGAGUUAGCAACCACCACAAAUCUACGAGGCCAUCCAUGCAAACUACGUGUGACAGGGGCCAGACUGGACACACGAAAGUUCUUCUUCUCCAACAGAGUGCUAGAAGCCUGGAAUGCCCUGCCUGUGGAUGUCGUUAUGUCUGCUUCCGUCGAGGUCUUUAAGAGGAAGCUGGAUUUGUGUAGCAGUGUCCACUAA